UGAGUGGUGGAUCAGGUGGCACCGAGGAUUCUGUUUUUGAACAGGACAGCAUAAAAUCAAGUAGAGCAAUUAAGAUGACCACAGAUAAAACAGAAUCUACGUCAUGGAGCUUCGAGGCUUUGGGUGGAGAUAUGUCUAAAGGAGUCUUAGAAAUUUCUGAUUUGAUUACCUAUGUAGCAGACCUGCAUUUUCACAAGCAGAAACUGGAGGAGGAAAACAAUAAGUUUAAAUCGGCAUUAGAAACCUUGGAAGAAGCUAACUGCCAGUUAUCAGAGGAUUGUACUGAGUUACGCCAUCAGAUAAAAAGUGCCCACCAAGCUAUUAUGAGAACAAAUCUGUUAAAAGAAGAACUGGAGGAACUGAAAAUUAGUAUGAAUGCUUCUGAAGAGCAGAAGACCAUGAUUUUAGCCCAGAACAAACAGUUAGAGACAGAAAACCGGGCUCUGAUUCUUAAGAUUCGGAUUCUCCAAGAAGAGAAUACUAAGAACAUUAUGGAUAUAUAUAAAUUGGAAAAGAAGAUUGAGGAGUUGUCUAAAACUGAGACAGAACACCAAAUGCAGUUACAUGCAUGUGAGAACGCUUUGCUUAGUAAAGAUGCAAGUUUGCAGAAGAAAGAUUUAAGUAUAGAAGAACUUAAGUCAACCAUCAUAGAAUAUGGAAACAUUAUAGAGAAUUUACGAGGGGAUAAAAACAAACUGACUCAUGAGUUACAGCACAUGCAGCAGGAACUUAUCAUAAAUGGGAUCCAGUUGAAUAUUAGUGGAGAGUGUAAUAGAAUCAUCUCUGAAGAAGAAAAAUCUUUACAUUGUGAACUCAUUCUUGCUCAGUCUGCAGAGAACGAUGAAACUGGGUGGCAGUGCGGUUUAAUCAACUUGUCAUCUCUGGAUAUAAUGAUGGACCAAGAAAUGCUGCUAUUACUGAGAACAUUUGAACAAAAGGGAGUGAAAUUCACAGCUAUGCUUCAAAAGCUGGAAUUGUAUAACAUAUGUACUCAUGAAGAAGUUUCUGAAGAUGAAACCAUCAUGGAUAGCUCGCUACAGUGGGUAACUGAUCCAGAAAUUACUGUGAAAGAAAAGUGGGAGAACAAGCUUACUGAAUUCAAAUAUAUAAUGGAAGAGAAACUAAGUCUUUGCAUAUUAAUGCCAAACGGCUUGGGAAACCAAAAAGAAUCUCUUGAUAAAGAAUUUGUCAAACUAAUAGAGAUUUUGAAGAGAUUCAGGCUGGAAUAUUUUUAUUUCAGAAAAGAAUUUCUCUCCAGGCAGAAACAACGAGAAGCCCUUGAACAAGUGCAAGAAGAUGCUGUCAACCAGGAAGCUGUCGUUAGGAAGAAGAUCCAAAGAACCAGCCAAUGGCUGGAGGACAGGGAGGAGCAGGUUGAGGAUCGAGAUCCGGCAGCCCACUCAGCUGGCGACAAAGAGAAGUCUUUGCUGCAUGAAUUAGAGGAAGCAAUCUCGGAACAACCGAAUCUCCAGACUGUAAAUACCGUGUUGGUGAACACUUGCCAGACACUUGAGCAGAAGACGAGGAAAUUGAAAACACCAACUGAGUCACUGAGAAAGAAGUUAAUUAAAGGACGCCUCCAUGGCUUGCCGUUUCAGAGCUGUUUAGAUGAGGAAUUUCCUCACUGUGAUCCCUCGUCCGGCACAGAUGGAAUUCAACAACCAUUUCAAGAUCAACUGAAGCAGUGUUGCCGUAAACAAUAUAGUGGUCAAGAAGCAAGAAUAUAUCAGACGCUCCUGACCUUCAAACAUACAUGCUGGUAUACACCUCUGCUGGAUGCCUUGCAUCUAGAGAGUCUCACAGCAAUUCCAAGCCUGGAACUCACACUUUCCUCAGGUGUAGCCAAACGAAUCCAGGUUUCAUGUGAAAGGCCCAACUAUGGAAAAGUAGAGGAUGGUGAUUUGGAUGUGACUAGAAGACGCAAGUGCCCAGGCCCUAAAGUUGGCCCCCACCCAGGAACAGAUCUUUCAGGUUGCAUCAGGAUGAAUGAUGACCUAAGGAUGGAAGAGAAUGGUGUUGACCGCUUGUAUUCUGAGAGCCUGCCACAGUCCAGGGAAUGUUCCACACUGUCAUCUCCUGGACACACUUUGUCCACAGAGAGUACUGUAACUUCAAGUGAUUCUGGGUCAGAAAUUUUGAAUAUGGCUUCUGGUGACCUGGACUGUAAAUCACUCUGUGAGAAAGAGGGAGAUACAAUUUCAGCUUCUGCUAUGAUAAAGAUCACAGGCCAAAGUCCAGCUCCUGAGAAUAUCGCACUCCAAGGCUCUAUGAGUGAGGACAAAACCAUGUUAAAUUUGGAAGCAAAAGAAGAACCAGAAACAAUAGAUGAGCAUAGAAAAGAAUGUGCUGCAGGAGACACUGCUCUUUCCUCUCGUCCUGUAACCACUGUGAAAUCCGUUAACUUUAGACAAAGUGACAACACUUCUGCUAAUGAGAAGGAGGUGGAGGCUGAAUUUCUCAGAUUAUCUUUGGGAUUUAAGUGUGACUGGUUCACCUUGGAGAAAAGAGUGAAGCUUGAAGAAAGAUCACGAGACUUGGCAGAAGAAAAUUUGAAGAAAGAAAUCACUAACUGUUUAAAGCUGUUAGAGUCUUUAACACCACUUUGUGAGGAUGACAACCAUGCCCAGGAAAUUGUUAAGAAGCUGGAGAAGAAUAUAACAUUUCUUAGUCAGUGCACUGCACGAGUGGCCAGUAGGGCUGAGAUGCUGGGAGCCAUUAAUCAGGAAAGCCGAGUUAGUAAAGCAGUUGAAGUGAUGAUUCAGCAUGUAGAAAACCUGAAGAGAAUGUAUGCCAAAGAGCAUGCUGAAUUAGAAGAACUGAAACAGGUUCUUCUGCAAAAUGAAAGGUCUUUUAACCCUCUUGAAGAUGAAGAUGACUGCCAAAUUAAAAAACGUUCAUCUUCCCUAAACUCCAAGCCAUCUUCUCUCCGAAGGGUGACCAUUGCCUCUUUGCCCAGAAAUAUUGGAAAUGCAGGAAUGGUGCCUGGGAUGGAAAAUGACCGAUUCAGUAGGAGGUCAAGCAGCUGGCGUAUUUUGGGAUCAAAGCAGAGUGAACACCGUCCCUCAUUACAUCGAUUUAUUAGCACCUAUUCCUGGGCAGAUGCUGAAGAAGAAAAAUGUGAACUAAAAACUAAAGAUGACUCAGAACCACCUGGAGAAGAAACAGUAGAGAGGACAAGGAAGCCAAGUCUUUCUGAAAAGAGAAAUAAUCCAUCAAAAUGGGAUGGUUCUUCAAUUUAUGACACAGUAGCUUCAUGGGCAACAAAUCUCAAGACUUCCUUCAGAAAGGCGAAUAAGGCACUCUGGCUUUCUGUUGCAUUCAUUGUACUGUUUGCAGCUUUGAUGAGCUUCCUCACAGGACGAUUUUUCCAAAAGUCUGUGGAUGCUGCUCCCACACCAGAUGGGGACUCCUGGGUGUCUCUAGAACAAAUCUUGUGGCCGUUUACCAGACUCCAACACAAUGGACCACCACCAGUGUGACUAGAGCACAUCUUGAUGUGUGUGUCUUGAUUUUUAAAGUUUCAGUAUCUGAACUUCGUAAAUUAG